AUGGCCGUCGGACCCUUCUCUCAAGAUGAGCUGGAUGAGAUAUACGCUUUCUCAAAAGACCUGGGCCGCAAGGCAGGCAAGUUGCUCAUGGAGCGUGUCGAGCAGCGAAUCUCAGGUGAAAAUGGCUCCAACACCUUCGAAGAGAAAGAAAAUGCCGUAGAUAUUGUGACACAGACUGACGAGGACGUCGAAGUAUUUAUUCGGAGCGCCCUCGAAACAAGAUACCCAUCUCACAAAUUCCUCGGCGAGGAGGCAUAUGCCAAAGGCCAGUCGCGCGACUACCUCAUUGACGAGCAACCAACAUGGUGCAUCGACCCAUUAGACGGAACCGUAAACUACACGCAUAUUUUCCCUAUGUUCUGUGUCUCAAUCGGCUUCAUCGUGGAACAUAAGCCAGUAAUUGGUGUAAUCUAUGCCCCCUUCACAGAUCAACUCUGGUCUUCCUGCAGCGGGCGCGGGGCCUGGCUAAACGAGACUCGCCGCCUUCCGCUCAUCCACAACCCAACCCCGCCUAUGCCCGCCAAUGCCCCCUCACAGUGUAUCUUCUCUUGCGAAUGGGGUAAAGACCGUCGCGAUAUUCCCGAUGGGAAUAUGCAGCGCAAGAUUGAGAGUUUUGUUAAUAUGGCUGCGGAGGUGGGUAGUCGAAAUGGGAGAGGUGGUAUGGUGCAUGGUAUGCGCAGUUUGGGCAGUGCGACGCUUGAUCUCGCGUAUGUUGCUAUGGGAUCUUUUGAUAUUUGGUGGGAAGGAGGUUGUUGGGAGUGGGAUAUCGCUGCUGGUGCCGCUAUUCUGUUGGAGGCUGGUGGACUUAUGACUACUGCUAACCCUCCAGAGGAUGUGGAUUCGGCGCCGAUUGAGGAUGUCCGACUCGGUAGCAGAUUGUAUUUGGCUAUUAGACCCGCUGGCCCAUCCGCCACCGAGACAGGCCGUGAAACACAAGAGCGAACAGUACGGGAGGUUUGGCGACGAGUCCGUAACCUGGAAUAUUCACGCCCCGGAGCUUGA